AUGUCCGAUAUCUAUAUUAAAAAUGUCGGCUUUGUCGGCAGUGUUGGGCUGCUUGCCAGCAGCAUCAUGGGGCCGGGAAUCGUGACCAUACCCCUUCUCUAUCAGCAGUGCGGGUGGUUUGCCCCAACCAUAGCCUUUCUCGUUUUCGCCUUGCUCUCUGGCCUGGGAUCCCUCUAUUUGACUGAAGCCCUCACGGCAUUUCCUGGGAAUGAGAGAUUCCAGCGCAAUGUCGAGUACGUGACACUGGUGCAUCAAUUCUACGGCCGCAAGGCGUACUAUGCCAUGCACGUCAUUCUCUAUUUGUCAAUGCAGUCCGUCAACAUCGCCACGAUUGUUUUGGCGUGCCAGCAACUCGACGCAGUUAUCGGCGUCGUCUUUGGGCAGACCUGUGGAUUCGCAAUCUACCCAUGGAGUCAAUCUGGAUUCAUCUGCCAACCCGGAAACAUCGAUGCAAACUCACCGUUUCAGAACACGAUCAUGCUCUUCACUCUUGGAUAUUUGGUUUUCAUAUUUGUGUGUGCACCUUUGUCGGCCCUCAACCUCAAUGACAACAUUAUCGUCCAAUUUUUCUCGUUCCUCUUGACAGUGUCGGUGAUCGUGAUUUGGUGCAUCAUGUUCAUCUCGCAAGGCCUCAACUGGUCCCUGAUCCACCCUGAGACCAAGGACGUUUCGCAAGUCGUCGGAACCGUGAUGUUCAACUAUGCAUUCAUCACUCAGAUACCCUCGUGGCUCAACACAAAGCACAAGGAUGUGUCCAUAUUCAAAUCUAUAUUUUGGUCGCUGUGGCUGCCCACCAUUCAAUUCAUCUUUGUCGGAAUCAUUGGAGCCGUGACGGUGCCGAUUCCAGAAAACUCCAACAUCAUCAGCUCGUUUCUGACCAACACCGCAGCCAAUAGCCCAGUUCUCGUGCUCAUGAUUGUGAUUCUGAAUCUCAUCUUUUCCAUCACCGUGCUUCUACCGACGAUACCUGUGUAUAUAAUCAUUAUGCGACUCAACCUUGUUACGAGCGGAUUUUGUUCUCAUGAGUGGGCAACCUUCUUUGCUGCCGUUUUGCCGUUCAUUCUCGUUAUCCCCUUCCAAACGGGUGACUGGCUCACACAAAUUGUCAAUUGGAGCUCGCUGUUCUUUGCAAGUCUGUCCAACUUCAUCAUUCCGUAUAUGGUAUAUAUCUUUCUCUCAAGGCGCAACAAGGAGCUCAACCAAAGUGUCUUGGAUGAGCUCGAGUUUCUGUACAUGGAUACAAACUAUAAGAAGAAGGCAUCUGACGACGACGAAGACGACUUUGACUUUGUCUAUCAUCUGCCUCAUACCAACUUCGAAAGACUUGGAAUCGAUCGCGGAAAGACAUUCGAAUACGGAAAACUUCACCAGCGUCUGAACUCAGAAGCAUCGAUCAGUUCGGUUCAAGAAACGAACCCCCAGCUUUCGCUGGCUGAGCACACAAACACGUCAAUUGCACCUGGGAUCAGCAGGGGGUCUCUGUACUCCUCCGCCCCGCGAGAGCGGUCCGUUAUCCGACCAGCCCAUGCCGAUAGCGUUCAGAGCAUCAGCGCCAGCGCAAGAGUCCCUUCGAAGGAAAGGGUGAUAGAUCUCGAUGCCAUGGAGAAGGAGGCGGCGGCCGGCCAGGCCACUUCGACAGCUGUGCAUGCAACCUCCCAAUUAUCGCCCAAUGCUCCCAUACGAGCCAAUCUCAAGAACAUUUCUGUCAAUCUGGUUGCUGCAAGUCCGCCAAGCUCGAUUAGUCGCAACAGUCUCAGCCGGAUACAGAUGCUCAGCCCAUUGAUGACCAUCGAUAGCGAAGAAGCCAUCAGCGUAGCUCAAGUCAUCCAGCGCAAUUUGGAACGACAGCAGAGCGUGGGGUCCGAGUACCAGACCAGCGUCGAAGAGAAGGCCCGAGAUUCGUCGGGAUACUGUUCGCGACUCAGCGAGAGUCUCAAGUCGCCGACUUUUGCCAAUCUGAGCGACAGCCAUGUGGGAUACCCAGUGGGAUCUCCAAUGGGAUCUCCAAUGGGAUCCCAGGCUGCUGCCACUACUUCCAAGAGCAAUACUUCGCUCUCGCACGGGACUCCGCGCUACUCUUCGGUUGAUGAGGGAAUCAAAUUUUCAGAACCCAGUGCUGAAGAGCACGAAACGCCGCCUCCGGGGCAAUUGGUCCUCGCGGUGGCUCAAGCGAGUCCUCCACUAUCGUCGUUGAUUCGCGCAACACCGUCCCAGCCUUCCAUGCGAACCUCUCGGGACGAGCUGACGGUUGAACAGCCAAUAGUGUCGAGAAUGACCAGUAGUCACUCAGCCACGGGGCUUUCGCCGGCUCCCAUGGGGCGUCUGGCGCCACGGAUGAUGGGAAUGGCAAAGUCCAAUAACGAUGUACGGAGCGAAGCGGAUGGAUCCAGACCUGACCGGCUGUCAAACGUCUCCUCCGGCAAGGACUUGGAGCUCCCACUCGCAUCCAAAUCCGACUCUAAGCUGCCGGAGGUGGUGCCGUUCGAGUCGGGCUCUAUUGAGGCCCAAGUCAAGGACCGAAAGCACAUGGAGAUCCCGGUGAUCGACAUUGUCAAGAGCAGCAACGACGACAUGAUGAACAUGCCCCGCCCAAUGUCGCGCAUGAACUCCACCAGCAUCUCUCGCACACAAAUGCGGCCGAGAACCUGGUGCAUCAACGAAGUCUCGGCCGUGAGCGUUGGGACGAGUAUCAGUUCUGGCGGAGUCUCUGGUCAGUCGUCAGUCGGUGCGGCCCUCACGGGAAAACGCCCCCGCAACCGGGCUCUGCUCGAGACUCCUGAUCCCAGACGGCAGAUGGCUGCUGCCCAAAUGAGCCGCAGAAUCAUGGCCAGUAGCAACGAGCGCCUUGCUGCAGGUGGGCUGUCGAAGUCUUCAAUGGUGUCGAUGACAACUGGAGCCGGUCGAGAGGACACCAGCCGCACUGGAACCUCGGGGGCUCUGAACGAGAAGCGCAUGUCCAUCGCCAGCCAUCGCACUGAAAUCAUCUCGAUCAAGCUGCACGAUCCGGAAAUGGGCACGCAAUCGAUCCAUCAAUCCGUCGUGAUCGAUCAGAGGCCAUUCGAAGCACUCCCGUACUUUAUCACCCGCUACAUUCCGUCGGUCUAUGUUGCUAUAUUUUGCUUGCUGUUUAUGACGGCGUGUGUGAUCGUGGUGAUCUUCAUGAAUGUGCAAGUGGCGUUGAAUCCAUCAGGCAAUUGAAGGGCUUUGCGCCAACACGAUGUGGUCUGUUCCGACUCGGAUGGGACGCUGGACCUCGGGAUGUCGUCUUGACCGUUGGUUUGAGAACCGAAGAGCAUGGUGUCCGACAGCGAUUCAUGUAGCCCAUCUCGACGAACAUCCACAUCGUCCGAUAUGGGCGGUCGGCUCGUCCAGGAUGCUGUGCUAUUUUAAUCGAACCUGCGGCUCCUGAAAGGCCGCAUGCGCCAGGCCAUGCACCAGGCCAUGCACAAUCAAGAGAACCGCCUCGACAGCCUCCGAAUGAUGAGUGUGGAUCGCCCUCCGUCCUCCCACGGCGUAUGAAUCGAGGGUACUGUGACUCGUCAUGGCGAGCGACUGGUGAUUGUGUAUUCAGGACCCAGAUGGAGACAGCAUUGCGAUUCGACAGCAAGAUG